GCCCCGCGACGCGCCGGCGGCUGGCGCAGCCUUUCGCUCGCCCGGCCUCCCCCUCCCUGGUUCCGUGCUCUGGUUCCGCCAUGGAAUCCAACAAGGAUGAAGCCGAGCGUUGUAUUAGCAUCGCCCUCAAGGCCAUCCAGAGCAACCAGCCCGACCGGGCCCUCCGCUUCCUGGACAAGGCACAGCGGCUGUACCCGACGCCGCGAGUUCGCGCCCUAAUCGAGUCCCUCAACCAGAAGUCACAAUCUCCCGGGAGCCAGCCCCACUCCACAGACGCGUCCCAUGCCACCCACAGGAAAGCAGCGGGGCCCGAGGCCCCCUCAGCCAACGGAGAAGCCGGAGGAGGAGAGAGCACCAAAGGCUACACUGCAGAACAAGUAGCCGCUGUGAAGAGGGUCAAGCAGUGCAAAGAUUACUACGAGAUCCUGGGUGUGAGCAGAGGCGCCUCCGACGAGGACUUGAAGAAGGCCUACCGCAAGCUGGCCCUCAAAUUCCACCCGGACAAGAACCACGCGCCCGGCGCCACUGAAGCUUUCAAAGCCAUUGGCACAGCGUAUGCUGUACUUAGCAACCCAGAGAAAAGGAAGCAGUAUGACCAGUUCGGCGACGACAAGAGCCAGGCAGCCCGGCACGGCCCUGGGCGCGGGGACUUCCACCGUGGCUUCGAGGCUGACAUCUCUCCCGAGGACCUCUUCAACAUGUUCUUUGGUGGUGGCUUCCCUUCCAGUAACGUCCACGUGUACAGCAACGGCCGCAUGCGCUAUACCUACCAGCAAAGGCAGGACCGCAGGGAGAACCAGGGUGACGGCGGGCUUGGGGUGUUUGUCCAGCUGAUGCCCAUCCUCAUCCUGAUCCUCGUGUCCGCUCUCAGCCAGCUCAUGGUCUCCAGUCCACCCUACAGUCUAAGUCUAAGACCGUCGGUGGGCCACAUCCACAAACGAGUCACUGACCACCUGAACGUCCCGUACUACGUGGCCGACACCUUCGCCGAGGAGUACACGGGCUCCAGCCUGAAGACGGUGGAGCGGAACGUGGAAGACGACUACAUUGCCAACCUCCGCAACAACUGCUGGAAGGAGAAGCAGCAGAAGGAAGGCUUGCUGUACCGGGCCCGCUACUUCGGUGACUCCAAUAUGUACCACAAGGCACAGAAGAUGACCACCCCAAGCUGUAACCGGCUGUCAGAGGUGCAUGGAUAGUCCUGGGCCCGCCACACCACCAAGACUAUGAAAUCCCUGGAGAACUUUUGGUGACACGCACUGAGCCAAGGUGAUAGACUGUAUAUUUAAAGAAAGACAUACAAAAAAAAAGAAUUAAAAUGGAAUUGGAGGCCCAACGCCACACAGCUGCCCUCUCUCUCACCCAGCGACGCGGACGGCUCUUAGGACAGACGGAAGCCCUGCCGCAGGGCUGCCUCCCUGCUUCCCAGGCCUGGCAGAAGCUCUGCACCUGCUCUCUCCUAGGAUACAGAAACCAUGGCAACGGAAGGAGAGUGGAUCCCUCCUGGCACAUGUCUGUGGGAAGGGCUGGGGGCAGCCAGUGGCCGUUCCCCCCACCAGGCAGCUGUCAGGAGAAGCCAGGCAGAGUGGUGACCAAGGGGAGACGGAGGAAAAGGAAGGAGUACUGUUCGCAGAGCGUAAUCUGUAGAUGCGUGUGUGUGUAUAUAUAUCUAUUUAUAUGUAAAUAGGCAUAUAUGAAGAUAUAUAUAUAUAUAUUCUACUUUUAACUAUGCAGGGAUUUGGCAAGGUUGUUUAGCUGAUUUCUUCCAGGUUUUAAAAGACGAGGCCUGUUGCGGGGAAGGCAGCCCAGUCCGUCCAAAGCUGGGCAUUGGCCUUGGCUGCCAGCCCGAGGCCAGCCGGGGGGCAGUCAGCGUCGCCCACCCCAGCCCGUUUUAGAUGGCAGCAGUAAUCAUGGUAGUUUAAAUCUGUAGAAAACUUCUAAAGGUCACCAGGUUGGCGGUUAAGCUUGGGGGAGAAGGGGGCCAGGUGCCCCUAGGGUAGGAGCCAGCUCAGUAUUGAGUCACGUGGAGGCCCCAGGUAGGGCCUGCUGGCAGGAGACUGGCCACCCCACGGGCCCGGGAGCCCCCCGGCCAGCCCCCCACACCCUCCAGGGCAGCGGGGCCUGGAGUGGAGACCAGGUUCUACUUAAGCAUCUCCCCAGCCCUAAGUUCCUGAGCAGGUUUUGCCUUAGAGGUGCCACGGGGCACAGCUCCAUCAUUGCCGCUGGUUUUCCAGAGUCGGGCACCACGGACUCCAAAGGUUCCUCUCCGAGGGUCAGCAGGUGGUGCCCAGGACCCUGACCCACAGCCCAGCUGCUGAAGAAGAGUCGGUGCCGCGGGCGCAUCCGCCUCUGAGAAAGGGCCUCUGCCCGGCCGCCUGCUGCGCCGCGCACAAAGUCCUGAACCAGAGCGUCUUCUCUUCUCACCUUCAGACGCGGAUCUUCUCGGAACAGCGCUCGCUGCCAGGGAAGGAGUGGGUCACGCAUCCCCGUGGGUUGUGCCAGGCCGAUUGGGCUGGUUGGAAUCUCCCAGGUCUCCUGCAGCGGCAGCCCUGUGUCAUCGCACUGCCCUCCAAAGCCUUACUCCCCCGAGCCGCCCGCAGGAAGGGAGCCCUGGCUGCCCGCCUGCAGCUUCUCCUGGCUCUUGGUCUUAAAGUACCCAACCAACGGGAUUCUGGCUGGGAAGGAAGCUGGAUAAGGAAAUGUCAGAUCUGUUUUUUAAACAAGGCCCCACCCUGCAAUGAAGUGGCCACCUUGGCCCAGGGAGAUCACAAGAACUGGAUGCGGGCCGGAGCGCCCCGCCACGGUGGCCCUGGUGCUCUGCCCCUGCCUCCCCCGCCGACCGGCUGGUCUUGGUAGACAUCCCUAGACGGCUGAGCCACGUGCAAUAAGAACACAGAUCCUAAAGGAUCCCUGACAAGCUGUAUUUCUUGAAUUAGAAUUCUGAAAUUGUACAUCUAUAAAUAUAUGUUUAUUAUGUG